AUGGUCAUCAUCACUCUAGACAAUAUCAUCCCAUAUCAUCCUCCUCCUGCCAAACUCCCUCCCAAACCUUCACAGCCGCAUCCUUCCAUUUCUAGCGGACUCCGCCCAUCUGCAAAAACAACCCUGUCGUUGAUUCAUCCACUUCCUCAACAUCCCCUACGACCAAGUUUCCCAGCAUGCGUGAACUCUAGCCCCUCCGAUAAAGUGAAUACUUAUUCGGCUCCUGAUUCUGGUCUCGGCGAGCAUACGAUCCCCGUGUACUCCAAUGCAUUCGAUAUGGAAUUGGCCAAGCAUGAUUGGGUAGUGACCAAGGACGCGACUGCAGAUGUGGAUACAGAUGGUGAUUCUAGCGAACAGUGGCAGAAUGACUUUGUCAACGACAUUCAAAGACGACAACAAGAUGGCUCUUGCAACUAUAACGACAAGCAUGAUGCAGACAAUCUACGACCCGCCUCUAAGGAUUUCGCUCCGCAGGUAGAGGGCAGUGGGGCAUCAGCAGCUGCUGAGUCCGAACUCUCUUCUUCAACACAAGCUGGACCCGUAUGUCCCGCAUGCGCCCGUGGCUCAACCGAGCCGAAGGUCUCCUGUCACGUUGAUGGUCCUUUCGUGAUGGAGAAUGAGGGAACUCAGUAUCCAAUGGUUGUCCGGGACGGGAUGCAGGACGGCAUGACAGUAGGUGCGACAAGCCACACGCCUACAGCUUAUGAGUCCUCUGAUUCUCACGGAGAAUAUUCAUUGCAUGACACUGGUUCUCUGAUGGCUCCUCAGUGUGGAAGAGAGUCUACAAAUAUACCGCUCCUUGAUUGCAGCUCUGGGGAGAUUGUGGACCUCGACUUGUGGGAGCUAGCAGUGUAG